GGAGGAGGAGGAGAUGGAGAAGGAGGUGAGGCCAGAGACCCUAACCCCAGAGGAGCUGGAGAAGCUGAAGGAAGCGGUGGACGACAAGAAGAAGCUGAUCCAAGCGUUAAGGGGGAAGCCCUGGCCUAUGAAGAAGAAACACUCCACACUGAGAGAGUCCCAGGAGUUCUUAGAGAAAUAUGAGGGAGCUCUGGGGAAAGGAAAAGGCCGGAAGCUCUAUGCAUACAAAGUCAUGAUGAACAAGAAAUGGAUGAAGUUUAAGAGAGACUUCGAGAACUUCACAACUGCUUGUAUUCCAUGGGAGAUGAAAAUCAAGGAGAUCGAAAGCCACUUUGGCUCAUCUGUGGCCUCCUAUUUCAUAUUCCUGAGGUGGAUGUAUGGCAUCAACAUGAUCCUGUUCGGUCUGACCUUUGGUCUAGUAAUGGUACCUGAGGCAUUAAUGGGCAGGCCGUACGGUAGCAUGCCUAGAAAGACUGUGCCCAGGGCUGAGGAGACCAAUGCCAUGGACUUUGCGGUCCUCUGGGACUUUGGGGGUUAUGCCCAAUACUCAGUGCUCUUCUAUGGUUACUACAAUAGUCAGCGCGCUAUUGGCUGGCUCAAGUUCCGCAUGCCCCUCUCUUACUUCCUGGUCGGUGUGGGUACGGUGGCCUACAGUUACAUGGUGGUCAUCAGAAAAAUGGCACGCAAUGCCAAUGAAACUGGGGGAGGGGAUGAAAACAGUUUCAACUUCAGCUGGAAGACAUUCACCAGCUGGGACUAUCUGAUAGGAAAUCCUGAGACGGCCGACAACAAGUUUGCCUCCAUCACCACCAGCUUCAAGGAGGCCAUCUUGGAGGAGCAAGAGAGUAGGAAGGACGACAACAUCCACCUGACUCGCUUCCUGCGGGUGCUGGCCAACUUCCUGGUCCUGUGCUGCCUGGCCGGCAGUGGCUACCUCAUCUACUUCGUAGUGCGGCGCUCGCAGAAAUUUGCCCUUGAAGGAUUUGAAAACCACACCUGGUGGGAGCGGAAUGAGGUGAACAUGGUCAUGUCCCUGCUGGGGAUGUUCUGUCCCAUGCUGUUUGAUGUCAUCAGCGCACUGGAGAACUACCAUCCCCGCGUCGCCCUGCAGUGGCAGCUGGGCCGUAUCUUUGCUUUAUUCCUGGGCAAUCUGUACACCUUUAUCAUCGCACUCAUGGACGAGAUCAACCUCAAAAGAAAAGAGGAGGAUGUGGUUCAGUUCAACAUGACCAUGUGGGAGGCUAGUCUUCAUAACAACACCGCGUCGGACAACAGCACCGCCCCCCCCCUGUUCACCCACCCUGCCGAUGUCCCCAGAGGCCCCUGCUGGGAGACCAUGGUGGGGCAGGAGUUUGUGAGACUCAUCAUAUCCGAUACGAUGACCACGUACAUCACACUGCUGAUCGGUGACUUCCUGAGAGCCGUUCUCGUUCGUUUCCUCAACUACUGCUGGUGCUGGGACCUGGAGGCGGGAUUUCCAUCUUACUCCGAGUUUGACGUCAGCGGAAACGUUCUGGGAUUGAUCUUCAAUCAAGGAAUGAUUUGGAUGGGGGCGUUCUACGCGCCAUGCCUCCCGGCCCUCAACGUGCUGCGGCUCCACGUGUCCAUGUACCUCCAGUGCUGGGCCGUCAUGUGCUGCAACGUACCCCAGGAACGGGUCUUCAAGGCCUCGGGCUCCAACAACUUCUACAUGGCCAUGCUGCUGGUCAUCCUCUUCCUGUCCACGCUCCCCGCCAUCUACACCAUCGUCACCAUACCGCCGUCCUUCGACUGCGGCCCCUUCAGUGGGAAGGCUCGCAUGUUUGACGUGAUCCAGGAGACUCUCGAGUCGGACUUCCCAGCCUGGAUCAGUAAAGUGUUCAGCUACGCCGCCAACCCUGGCCUUGUGCUCCCCUUCAUGCUCCUCAUGGUAUUGGCCAUCUAUUAUUUACAAUCCACAUCCAAAAGCUACAAAGAAGCUAACGUGGAGCUAAAGAAGAAGCUUCAAAUGGUAAAUUAAUAAAAUAUAUCAGCAUAUUUACCAUGGCUUUUCAUG